GAAGUAUAGGGGUGCGGCAAAGUGCGCUGGGACAGAUUCCCACCGCGUGAAGGGGACACGAAGGGAGAGGGAGAGGGCGAGGGCGAGGGACAGGUAUCGAGCCGAGACAAACUCUGCCACUCACACUGACCGCCCUGCUCUAACGUCACCUCACGGGAGCUCGGUUCUCCCGGCUACCUAACGUUUCCGUCCGCUCUCUGAGAGAAGGAUCCUCGGACGUACCCCUCCGGCGCGCCUUGACAGAGCUCGGCUCUGCGCGACAGUCACCAUGCGCUACAGGGUGGUGGUCAUGUACACCGAGAUCGGCUGCUUUGUGCUGUGCGUCUCCGGCUGGAUACUGGUGUGCUCCACCAUGCCCACGGAAUACUGGAAUUACUCCACCGUUGACAGCAUUGUCCUCACCACUUCCAACUACUUCUCCAACCUUUGGAAGGACUGCAUUUCCGACUCCACCGGCGUAUCUGAUUGCAAAGAGUUCCCGUCUAUGCUGGCCUUAGAAUUGUACAUUCACGUGUGCAGGGCCCUCAUCAUCAUCUCUAUCAUCCUGGGCUUCUUUGGAGCCAUUCUGGCCCUGGUGGGGAUGAAGUGCACUAAGAUUGGGGGCUCAGAGAUCGUCAAUGCCAAAGUCACAUUUGCAGCCGGCAUAAACUACCUGGUCUCAGGGUUCUGUGCCAUGAUUGCAUUCUCCUACUAUGGAAACAAGAUAAGAGCUGAAUUUGUGGAUCCCAAUUUCAAGGCUCAGAAAUUUGAGAUUGGAGCUGCUGUUUUUGUAGGCUGGGGUGGCUCCUCCCUGCUUAUUGUAGGCGGCUUUGUCUACAGUUUCUUCGGUGGAAAGGAAGGCCUCAGCUCCCAGUCAAAGUAUCCAAAGAAGCCUGCAUCCUACGUCACCGCUCGAACCCGGCGCACAUACAUGCUGCCGCCCCCAACCAAAGAUGGAAGAGACAGCAGAACCAGAACCAACAGAUCCCUCAGCAGAGGUCCCUACAUCCAAACCACCAGAUCCGUCAGUAGAGAUCCCUACGCCCAAUCCGCAAGAUCCCUCAGUAGAGACCCUUACGCCCAAACCGCCAGAUCCUUCGGUAGAGAUGCCUAUGUGUAACUCACCAUAUCCAUGAGCUGAGAUAUUUAUGUGUAAUCCCCCAAAUCCAUCAGGACAAAUGCCCAUUGUCUAAGCUACCAGAUACUUUUGUAUGAUUAAAUUGCCCCUCUAUAAAGAAAGCUGGUAUCUCUGCGUAGAUAUCUCUGCAGAUUACCAGGAAACAAAAUGCAGAUGAUGAAGCUUUUAACCCAUAUUAUAUAGUCUGUACAUUAUAGUUUACACACCUGCUUAAAACUGCUUAUUGUAUUAAUUACUCACAUCUCAUGUGCUGAAGACAGAAUACUGUGUCUUAAAUUGUGAAGUAGUUUUCUAUUGCACUGUUUCACUUGGAUUGAAUUCACUUACAUUGUCUGUAUCUCACUGUCAUGUGCUUUCUGAACAGCAGAGGGCAGUAAUCAUGCAGAAAAUGAAGAGAAAAUCAGAUUUCUUGUAAAAUGUUCAAGUGUGU